AUGCGCGAAACUCCGACGUUGGCAAGAAGAGAGCCUCUGCCGUCUACUGAUUCUUCUUCGGCUACCUCAUCCUCUGCGUCCAGUGGUACUAAACCGACAAGCACGCUUACCACUACGACCUUGCCUGUUGUUUUAGGAGCAGUGGUUCCUAUUGUGAUUGCUAUUGGCAUUCUACUCUACUUGCACCGCAGAAACGUGAAGAAGCUCCGUAACGAAGAUGCAAACGACAAACACAAAUCCCUCGACUUCGGCCUGGAUUUGGCGCCCACUAACGGAGCCGUGCCUAUGCAACAAGCAGAGAAAGCUGAUCGCAAUGCGGCCCACAACAAGGGCAUAUCGUUGGAUAUUGGACCUAGCCCCUAUCUGCUUCCUCCCGGGCUGCACAACUCGAGGGAAUCCCUGGCGUCUAUGUCCAGAUCCAUCGGUGAUGGUGACGAUGAUAAGUAUCGACACGUCGGGUCCUUCCUUGGUGACAAUUCAUCGCUCAGGUCGCACUCGAGAGGCCCCCACGACGACGCGGCAAGCUUCACAGGUUCAACCAGACGGGCCGCCCUGGGAGACGAUAUGAACCAGGGCCUUCUGCGGAACGCCCAACGAAUGUCGCGCUCGUCGCCGCCACUUUACAAUACUCAGUUUGGUGACCGUAAUGCUGAGAGCCCAGCGAGCUCUGAUCAUGAACGCGAUCAUGGGUUCCAACUGGAUCUGCCCAGAAGCCCGAGUCCUGUACAUGUUCCCGGAAUGGCCAUUAGCGAGCCGCACACGACAAGCAACGAAGCCGGAUUCGCUGAAGAUCACGCAGUUACUGAGACCAGUGCCAAGCAGAAGCGCCUAUCGCAUAUGCCACAGUAUGCAGAUAUGACACUUCCCAGUGACCACGGUCUGGGCCACGACGUGGAUUCGGUGCCGGCUCCUGUGCAAACUGCAUCGAUGUCAACACCCAGGAUCUCGCUCCCUGUGAGUGAUGCAGCUAGCGAUUACGGUGAUGCGCGGAGGUCUACCAUCCCGGCCGUCAAUGUGCAAGAUGUGACGAGCGCCACAAGCUACGAAGAUGGUCCUCAGCACCCCGACGUCCCUGCUUUUCUUGCUGAAGAGCCACCUCGGGGUCAAAACACAGGCCUUGAUGCGAGCCGUCGUGACACGCGACGGAUGACUUUCGGCCUUCGCCCUCUGCCGCCAGAGGACCCGUCUGAGGACCCCGAGCAACGUGCCAACCGUAUCAGGUCCUUCUACAAGGAGUACUUCGAUGAGAACAAAAACGGCCGGGAAACAAUGUACCACGACUAUGUGCCUGAUUACUAUGGUGAAGAGGCCUAUGCGUACGACCCUACGAUGGGUGAUCAGUUCGGUGCGGUGCCGGCGCCAUUCGCUGAACCAGUGACUCGUCGUGCCAUGACUCCUCCACCUCGCGCACCUCCACGCUUCCAAGGGGCAGCUCGGCAUAUGGCCAGGGGCUCGGACGGAGGCAGCGGCUUUCAAUCUCCCGGUCCCCGUGCAUUCUCCUCGGCCUCUAACCGUAUGCCGGGACCUCCCAAGCCGCGCAAGCCGAUACCCCCGCCAUCGCCGCUUCAGAUCCUCCCCACACCCCAUAUGCUGAAUGAUGACUCUAUCAUGUCUGCCAUCGAGUAUGCCCCCUCCAACCACUUCAAGGAUCAAAAGGAGGGCCGACCAGGAACGCCCUUGGGCGGCCUGCAACCAUUUAGCCCGGCGGUGCCGGUCCAUUCGCCGCUUGUUUCAGCUUUCGAUGACCUUUCAGCCUUGCCUAGCGCACACGCCUUGCGCAAGUCGGGCGCUUACGACACAUUGGAUUUUGCACCUCCGCCUCGCUUCAAGAAUGAUACUGCGAGCGAUGCUGGUAGUAUUCGCAGCAACGGCACUGGGAUUUCCUCGACCCAUUUGCACAACAUCCGCACUGGUGCGUAUCGUGUCAGCCGUCUGCCCGCGGACACUGUAGGUACCAAGGAUGACUUGAUGUCGAACCUCCGUCCUAAAUGGGAUAUGCGGCAGUAA